CAGUUCCUGUGUGCCACUUGUGAAGAGGACGAGGAACGUUCCUGUUCGUGUAACGAGUCGCCUCCUCUGCCCAGUCAUUCGCUGCCGCACUUGCUCUACAGCCCUGUUUGAUCCUUAUCUAUUACCAGUCGCACGCAAAGGAAUCUGCAAGCAUGGGAGACGAGUCUGCGAUGUCUACGAUGUCAGGAAUGUCGGGGAUGGAAUCCAGUCAGUCCCAAGGCUCGACUGUAGAUGCUCCAGCAGGAGGCGGAGGCGGGUAAGUGUUUCGACGACAACCUGACUGCAAGGUUAUCCGGAGCCGUCACAGUUUUCAUGGUGGCCCGAAGAGGAGCAACAGAUAGUGGAGCUUCUCAUUUUUCCGUAUGUCUUUACAGAAAGAAGAUGAUAGUCAUUGGUGUCGUCCUCCUGCUCCUUGUUGGGGUUGGAGUAGGCAGCUUCCUUCUAGUGGGACAAGGCAAGGAUGUCGAUGAUGAUGGUGGUGGUAGCGGUUCAAGCUCAUCACCGGCAACCGCCAACCCUGAUGAUGCGUUGCUUCCACCUCCACAAAAUCCUUCAGGUCCAGUACCACCUGCGCCCACUCCAAAGGCCCGACCGCAGAAGCCCAUGGAGAACUUCGUGAUGUGCACGGUCGGUGUUCGCUUUAGAGAUCCAGAGAAGUACAAGGACGUGCCAUGCGACUACAUCGUAUUCGACAACGUUGUUGCAGUUUCAACGGGGAUUAUUCCCACUCAAGAUUUCACUGCAUGGAAACACUUCCUCGAGCUUGUCGCCAUGGCCCUAGUGACGCCAAUGCCUGGUAUCUCUUUCGUGGACGAGACCUCUGAUGCAAGCUACGCUGCCCCAGGAAAACAGCUCUUGAAGGGCAUGGCUGACAAAGGAAUCGUCGCCUACGGCGUCGGCUAUGUAAAUAUUCCAGCAAAGACGGCAGAUGUGUCCAAAAUAAUCAGCAGCCUAAACAGCUUUUUCAGUAGCCUGGCAGACGCAAACUCUACCAUAGUAGGAAAAGGCACAUUCAUGACUACCUUCUGCUUUAUCGAUGGCGGUGGUAGUACCCCGGAGAGUCUUCAAGAGUUCCUGCAAAAGUUCACUGGGAACCUGGUCGUCUCAAGGACACACGUAAUGUUACCGCCCGCCACCUUCCCCGAACAGUGCCGGUUUUAUGCCACAUCAAGUUGGAGUUAUUUCGGUGUCUGGGAUAAUGUGGCACGUCCUAAAUUCCCUGUCGGCGUGACUUUUUCCAUGGGGGUCCAGCUCGGUGCUUUCAACAUGACGAUUUCUGGGGCCUUACCAAGUCCUCUAAAGACUUGCACCUACCAGUCAGUGACCAGCUACGACGAUUGGUGUCCAUUGAAAAGCACUGAAAAGUAUGAUCAACAGACCAUGGAGGUGCUAAAUCGUGCCGACCAAGUUGUGGGCAGCUACUCCACCGCACAGUCUGCGGCGGCCUUGAUAAAGAAGUUCAUACAAAAAAUCAAGUACACAGUUGGAGUGCUGGUUGCUGAUAUCCAGUUUGAUAUCAUUGAUUCGACAGCCUGUACAGAGUCGUCUCUGGCCAGGGUAACGACCAUCGCCGAUCUAAUACACGGCCAGGCUCAAAAGCCGAAUCCAUAAGCCCUGUGACUAAUAAAUGUAUCUGAAAGCCA